CAGAAAACCUGGGAAUCUUUGUCUCAGCUACUAUUUGUACCCGACUGUGCUUGUACGAGAGGUUGUUUGUGAUGGAGGAAGUGGUAAAGACUGAUCUGCCGCGUGAUCUAUUAAGAGAAAUCCUUUUUAACUAUUUUGUCCAAGUCCAAGUUAGUUAAUUAAGUGGCAAAUGUGAUCCAUGUCCUUGGUGCUUGAAUACUGAGUAAAAGAUAUGGAAUAACUUUUAGGAAUAUGUGAACUCAAAUAAUUGCAAGUUUUGGUUUUCAUGAGCCUAACAAGGAAGAAUGAACAAAUGGAUGAGUGGUGAUGUUGUGAACGUUUGAUUUGGUGCACAGAGCUUUUUAAUGGAUGAUAAAUUCAUAGAUGAAUGAUGGACAGUCAGGGUAGCACAGGGCUGAAUGAAUCCAUGCUGCUUCCACCUCCUCCUGGGACUUUUGUAGACCGUGAAGAACUUAUACAGCAUGUUGGGGACUUUGCUGUAUCCCAGGGGUAUGUGGUGACUAUCAAGCAGUCUAAGAGGGACAAGGUGGUAAUCCUUGGCUGUGACCGAGGGGGUGUUUACCGCAAUAGGCGUAAAGCUGCAGAUGAGUCCUCUGUCGAAAGUGCCCGAAAAAGAAAAAUGGGUUCUAGGCUUACCAACUGUCCUUUUGAAGUUGUUGGUAAGAAGGAUGAGGGCUUGUGGGUACUUACUGUGAAGAAUGGGACACAUAAUCAUGAAGCCUUAAAAGACAUUUCUGAACAUCCUUCUGCUCGUCGCUUCUCAGAGAGAGAAGUUGUAUUGAUCAAAGAGAUGACGGAAGCUGGACUAAAACCUCGCCAAAUUCUAAAGAGACUCAGACAAACUAACCCAGACCUUUUAUCAACUCCAAAGCAUGUAUACAAUGUCAAAGCUAAGCUCAGACAAGGAAAUCUAGCGGUGAGAAAUUUCAAGUCGUUGAGACCUCAGAAAUCUGCUGUAAGAAAUAAUUCUCUCUCGGUUAUAGAGCCAUCUUGGAGGCUUUGCGACCCCCCAAGGGUUCCCAAUCUUAUUGGAGGAAGAUUUGUGGAUUCGCAUUCAUGUGCAUCUAUUGAUGUUUUAAACCCUGCCACACAGCAAGUUGUUUCUCAAGUACCUUUAACUACAAAUGAGGAAUUCAGAGCUGCAGUAUUUGCAGCAAAGCGAGCUUUUCCGUUGUGGCGAAGAACGCCGAUUACAACCCGUCAACGUAUCAUGUUCAAAUUCCAAGGCCUUAUCCGGAGAGACAUUGAUAAACUAGCUAUGAACAUUACUACUGAACAUGGAAAGCCUCUAAAAGAUUCAUAUGCUGAUGUGAUGCACGGGCUUGAGGUGGUAGAACAUGCCUGUGGCUUGACAUCUCUUCAAAUUGGGGAAUUCAUUUCCAACAUGUCCAAUGGAACUGAUACAUAUAGCAUUAGAGAGCCACUUGGUGUUUGUGCUGGUAUUUGCCCGUUCGAGUUUCCAGCAAUGGUACCUUUAUGGAUGUUUCCCAUAGCUGUUGCUUGCGGUAAUACUUUUAUUCUGAAGCCAUCGGAGAAGAAUCCAGGGGCUGCUGUGAUGCUUGCGGAAUUGGCAAUGGAGGCUGGUCUACCUGGUGGUGUAUUGAAUAUUGUUCACGGGACCAAUGACAUUGUUAAUGAUAUCUGCGAUGAUGACAAUAUCAAAGCUAUCUCCUUUGUUGGUCAAAGUGGGGCUGGUGCUUAUGUGUAUGGAAGAGCUUCUGCUAGAGGAAAACGCGUUCUGUCCAACAUUGGAGGCAAAUAUCAUGCAGUUGUUAUGCCUGAUGCAAGCACGAAUACGACUUUGAAUACUCUUGUUGCUGCUGGUUUUGGUGGUGGGCGAAAGUGCAUGGCUCUAAGCACGGUUGUCGUUGUUGGAAGUUUAACCCCAUGGGAAGAGAGUCUAGUGGAGCGUGCCAAACUUCUUAAAGUAACUGCUGGAACAGAAUCUGAUGCAGACAUUGGUCCAUUGAUCGGCAAGCAGGCUAAAGAAAGGAUAUGCAGAUUGAUUCAAGCAAGUGUCGAAACUGGGGCAAAACUAGUGCUUGACGGGAGAAACAUUGUGGUUCCAGGUUAUGAGCUGGGAAAUUUCGUUGGUCCUACCAUCUUAUCUGAUGUCACAGUAGACAUGGACUGUUACAAGGGAGAGAUGUGUGGCCCAGUUCUUCUCUGUAUGCAGGUUGACAACUUAGAAGAUGCCAUGGCGAUUGUAAACAGAAAUAAGUAUUGCAACGGAGCUUCCAUAUUUACAACAUCUGGAGCAGCAGCAAGGAAGUUUCAGACUGAGAUUGAGGUUGGACAUGUUGGUAUUAACGUUCCUAUAUCAGUCUCGCUGCCCUUUGCUUCCUGUACUAGCUCUCGACACUCUGUUGCUGGAGACACAAAUUUUGAUGGCAAGGCCGGGGUUCAGUUUUACACCAACGUUAAGACUGUGACUCAACAAUGGCAGGAUUUUCCAGCCGAUGAUCUAGCAUCUGAUACUCUGGCAAUGCCAUGUUCUUGGUUGUCAUCGUAGAUUGAAAGAAUUACUAAGGUCUUUGUGUGUGUAUUGUGACUGUAAUAAUUAUAAUUGUAAAAGUAAUCCUUAUAGCCAGAGUCUCAGACUCGUUCAUUAUGGACCAUGGAACCAUGACGAACGUGUACUGUCUGAUAUAUGUAUUCAUUCCUGCCAAAAAAAAAACAGAAGGUAAAUGCCUAACAAUUUGGGAUGAAGAGAUUUAAUUUUUAGUUUAAUAAAUCUUGGGACUCGGGUCACGCCAUUACAUUGGCAUA